AUGCAGGUCCUCAGGCUCCUGGCGCCGCGGCGCGGCGCGGCGACCACCAUAACGGCCCCUACCGCGGCGCCGGAGCCCGCCGAAGACAGCAAGACGGUGGACGAGGAGUACGAUGACGACGACGAGGGCUCCUUCUUCGAACUCGACUUGUCCGUCCGGGCCUCCUCCAGCUCCGCCGGCAGCGCCUCAUCGGGCUCCUCCGACGACUCGGACGACGCAUCCCUCACGGACCUCGACUUCGUCAUCUCCCUCCACCGCAGCCGCUCCGCCUCGCCCUCCUUCCACUUCCCCGCGCCGCCGCUGCCGCUGCUCGACCUCAAGCCCGGCUCUGGCGGCCUGCGGACGCUCAGCUUCGCGGGCGCCACGGCCAGUGCCAGCAGCAGGAACGCCGCGCUCUACGGCGGCCGCCGCAGCAGCUUCGCCCGGAGCUCCGCCGGCAGCAGCGCGCGGUCGCUGCGGCUGUUCAUGGAGUCCCCUUUGGCGGGCGACGCCGAGGAUCCCGAGCCCGAGCCGCGGCGGGCGCCGUCGCGGGACGUCAUCCGGCGGUACCUCACCAAGAUCUCCACGCGGCUGCGUCGGAGCGUGCGCCCCCGCCGCGGCGGCGAGGGCAGCUUCCGCCGCCUGCGCAAGAGCCGGUCCGCGUCCGCCGCCGUCACGACGACGACCACCACGGCGGCCACGCCGUCGCGCCGCGACGACUCGCUGGCCGAGAAGCAGGACGGCAUCGCCAGCGCCAUCGCGCACUGCAAGGACUCGCUCCACCGGGCGUCCCUGUCCAUGUCUCCGUCGGAGUGCGGGCUUCCGCGGUCGCGGAGCAAUCCCGGGAACCGCCAGGCGCCGUAG